CCGCCUCUCAUCUGAAUAUGGCCCAGAGGGAGCGCGCGCAUGGGCCGCUCCCCGUGCAGGGCCAAGCCGUGGCCCGUGGGGCUGCGGUGCCUUUCGUGUGCGCGAGGGCAGUGGCGCGGUCACCGCCUGCAGCCUGAGAUUAACCCCAGAGCAGCCGGCAUUAACUCCCUCCGUAAAAACAGCAACGGGAAAAAGGAAUAAAGUGAAGGAUAGGCAAGGAACCCAGAACUCCCUCCAUGGUAUCUAACACCUCCCACCCCACCCACAUACAAUACAAGAAAGAUGAUAUGUCAGAUAUCAGCAUGGAACUUCCUGAUUGUUUCUGUACUCUCAAGUUGGUGUUCUGCUGCCCACCUUCAGGAUGAGGGCCCAUUGCUAACUGGAACACCACUCUCAGAGCCAGAGUAUGAUCAGUUCUUCAAACCUCUUCGUGCCCCUUACCGAGCCAGUGCCACCUGCCUCAUUCGUGCCUUGUAUGGCUGCCAGAAUCCUUUGAUCCGGAGACUGGACCAAUACGAAAACCAUGGAGUCAUCCCUCAAGGACCUGUAUGCUCAGACCUGCCAGAAAUUCCCUUCUUCGCAGACUUUUGUACAUUUACCUUUUAUCGCUGUACUAUGAAAAAGUAUUUUGUUAAGAGGGUUAUAUGCCCAGAAGAGAUCCAAAGCAAGUCUGGUAGGACACGAACCUUCAGCGAAGACGUCACUGCCAGUGACAGACUUUUGCCCCCAACAAAGCCCUCUCCCCAGUCUUCCACCAGCACCAGGCCCCUACCUCCUUCUGGUACAGGAGCAGCUGCUGUCAAGGAUAUCCUCCUACCAACUUCACCCCAAUCCAACUCCCACACAAGAAUACUCUUAAUCUUCUCUCAGAGCCCACCUAAACCACAGAGCAUACCAGAAAACUCCCCUGUCAACCAGAUCAGUGAAGAGGCUGAAAGUGGCCAGCAUCAAGGAGAGCUGUCCAGCCCCCAGGAGUCCCAUCUACCCACCAGCGACAUGGAAGACCUCUUUCUGCGGCUACAGGACCCCAAUGUGCAGCACUGGAUGCAGGCCAUGCAGGUGCUGCUGGCCAAGCUGAAGACAGCAGGAGAACAAGAGUUACAGGCUACUUCCCUAAAGCUGCUGAUGGCACUGAACCAUGCAGACAUACAGCAGGAGGCUAAGCCAACAGCCCCAGAAACAGUUCAGGAGAGAGAAAAAGCAGCAGGGAGGGAGCGGCCAUGAAGCCAUGCUGGCUGGUUUAUAUAAAAGAAGAGUCCAAUGUGCAAGCUUCAGUCUAACCUGACCUUUGAAAGGAAAGUAUCUUACAUGGGGGACUUCCCUGGAACCAUCAGUGUAAGGGAGGUGAUCGGGAUACUAAAUACGUGACAUUCUUUUAAGGUUUCCUGUGUUUCCCAUAGCCGAGGUGUGGGAAUGAAGAGGGAAUGCCUGACUGUUUUGGGUUUGAAGGAGGGUGAAUCCCAUCAGCUGAAAUGGGAUGACCAAGGAUUCAACAGGAAGAAAGCUUCCCUUUGGAAACAACAGGUCUAAGUGAAGGUUUCCCUCUUUCAUAUGAAUAAUUUUGCUAUUGUGUCAUUCUUUAAGAUGGAGGUCUCCAUUCCCAGAAAAGGGGGGGGGGGAGAAACGGGGGUGGAGAAAGUGACUCAUACUGCCUAUUUGGGUUUGUAUCCUGCCCCAAAAAUAAAGACUGUUCUGCACAGAUGAGAAGGGAUUUGUGUGUGAUUCAGUAAAUACCUUAGGAGGAAGUCAGGCCUUUCAUCUGCAAGUGUAGAUGUUUCCAUUCAGAGCCAAACACACAUCAGAUUUUCCCUUCUCAAAAUGAGACGUUUCAGUUGAACAACACAACAGACAGUUUAAAAUCAGGAAGGUCUUGCCCUCCAGGGUAAUUUCUGGUUCAGGGCAUUUGCUCUCCUACAAGCAUGGUGUCUGUAUCAUGUGAUCUACUCCUGGAAUAAAAGGUGUAUAAAAACAAAGGACUAAUAUUGAUUUCAAUAAGUGGGCCCACCUGCCCCAGA